UAUUAUGAGGCUGUUGUCAUUAGGGCGAUCGCUGUUGAAUCACUGAAUCCUGACUCGGCGGCGGCGCGGGGCCGGGUGUGUGUGAGUGCGUGUGCGUGUGGGGUGUGUGUGAGCGCGCGUGUGCGUGUGCCCGAGUGUGCGUGUGAGUGUGUGUGCCCCCGUGCCUCUAUGUGGCUGUGUGUGCGUGUGCGGGUGUGGAUGCGUGCGCGGUGCGUGUGCCCUUUCCUCCCUUCUUCCUCCCUUUCUUUCUUUUCUCCUUGAUUUAUCUUCCCCUCUCCCCGGUCAUCCCAUGGUGUUCAGGUCCCCGCUAGAGCUUUAUCCCACCCAUUUCUUCUUGCCAAACUUCGCCGCCGAUCCGCACCACCGUUCCCUCCUUCUCGCCAGCGGCGGCGGCAGCGGCAGCGGCUCGGGCUGCAGCCCCGGUGCCGGCGGCGGUGGAGGCGGCAGCUCCCGGGCACCCCACGAAGAGUUGUCAAUGUUUCAGCUGCCCACACUCAACUUCUCCCCGGAGCAAGUGGCCAGCGUCUGCGAGACGCUGGAGGAGACUGGAGACAUAGAAAGGCUGGGGAGGUUCCUCUGGUCGCUGCCGGUGGCGCCGGGGGCAUGCGAGGCCAUCAACAAGCACGAGUCCAUCCUCCGCGCCCGGGCGGUGGUGGCCUUCCACACGGGCAACUUCCGAGACCUCUACCACAUCCUGGAGAACCACAAAUUCACCAAGGAGUCCCACGGCAAGUUGCAGGCCAUGUGGCUAGAAGCGCACUACCAGGAGGCCGAGAAGCUAAGGGGUCGCCCGCUGGGGCCGGUUGAUAAAUACAGGGUGAGGAAGAAGUUUCCGCUGCCCAGGACCAUUUGGGAUGGCGAGCAGAAGACGCACUGCUUCAAGGAGAGGACUCGCAGCCUCCUGAGGGAGUGGUACCUGCAGGACCCUUACCCCAACCCCAGCAAGAAAAGGGAACUGGCUCAGGCCACGGGGCUCACCCCCACGCAAGUAGGCAACUGGUUCAAAAACCGAAGGCAGAGAGACAGAGCAGCGGCGGCUAAAAACAGGCUCCAGCACCAGGCGAUAGGACAGAGCGGCAUGCGGUCGCUGGCAGAGCCCGGCUGCCCGACACACAGCUCGGCCGAGUCUCCGUCCACGGCGGCCAGCCCGACCACCAGCGUCUCCAGUUUGACAGAAAGAGCCGAGACGGGCACCUCCAUCCUCUCGGUAACCUCCAGCGACUCGGAAUGUGAUGUAUGAUAUCGGAAAACAAACAAACAAAAAAUCCAAAUCCAAACGGCCAAGCACCCUCUCCCCGUCCCGAGCAAAACAAACCGAGGCAACCUAGAAUCAGGAUACACACACGCAUGCACGCACACACACAGCCGGGAGGAAAGAAAAGGCCAAACCCGACCCAAACAUAAUAGCAAACAAACAGACAGGGAUCAGAGAAUCCACCACCACCACCGUCAGCCAACACCACCACCAAGAGAUGGAGCUAAAACUUCAACAGUCACAAACGCUGGUGC